AUGAAUGAACGACGGCUCCUCAUGCUCGAAUCGUACCAUGCCCAAGGCUCUAGCAAGCAGAUGUGGCGCCUAACCAAUCCUCCGGGCUUACCUUUUUACGACAACGUCGAUGAGCUCGCUUUCGUCCGACCAGCUCAUUGCCGUCCUGCGGUAAUAGAUGAGGUGUCCAAGAUCAUGGCUCUUAUCUCCACAAAUGAUGAGUGGUAA